CGUUAUAUAAAUCGACCUUAAUAUAAAAUUCUUAAACAAAAACUUAUUUAAUUUUAAGUUUAGUCACUACAAAAGAGAUCGUAGUUGGAACAUUGGAACCAAAACACUAACUUACAAGUGUUUCUUUUUCAAUAUUUUAUUAAAUCAUCUUUCAUUUUCCAAUACUCUUAACUUCUCUCUCUAAAGCCAUCAUCUUAAUUUUGGUUAGUACCUGGUUCUUGGUUUUGAAAGUCAAAGUCUCUUUUGUGCUUCUCCUAAAGAGCGAUCUUGAGAUUAAUCAUCAUGAAAGUGCUUCUGGGUCUUUUGCUUCUCUUGGCCUUGACCAAAUCUUCAAGUGCAAUUUACUGUCUCUGCAAAGAUGGGAUAGGAGACACAGAGCUUCAAACAUCAAUAGACUAUGCAUGUGGAACUUUAGCAGAUUGUAAUCCUAUACAUGAUAACGGUUCUUGUUUUCAACCAAACACCAUCAAAAGCCACUGUGAUUGGGCUGUUAACAGCUACUUCCAAAACGCAGCUCAAGUCCCUGGAAGCUGCAAUUUCUCCGGCACUGCCAUUACCAAUCCAAACCCACCUUCCAAUUUGGCUAAUGGUUGCAUCUAUCCUUCAAGCGCUAGCUCUACAAGGUCGCCUCCAUCAACAACACCACCAACGGGAAGUGGAACACCUCCCACAAACGGAACCACUCCAUUUCCGGGAACUCCAUUUCCAGGAACUCCGUUUCCAGGAACUCCUCCGGUGUUUGGUCCAACCGGAGUCUUUAACCCAAGCAACCCAGGCAGUGGUGCCUCAAGUUUGGUUAUCUCCUCUGUUUACACACUCUGUUUUUCAUUACUAGUGUUUCUUUGUGGUUCUGAUGUAAGGUUUGGAUUUAGCCACGUGUAGAGACAGAAAGACAUCCACUUGUGUUAGUCUUUGAUUCUGUUUUGGAUGGAACAAGAAGUUUAGGCGUUUGUUGAGCUUUCGUCUAUGUAAAGGUUGCUCUAAUAGAAUCUUGAGUAAAGAAAGAAAAAAACAGAACAUUUAAUCUUUA